AUGGCCAGCAAGCCAUUAGCACGUAGCUCAGACGGCUGCUGGACCUGCCGUCUCCGCCGCAAGAAAUGCGACGAGGCCAGGCCUCAAUGCGCUGCAUGCGAGGCACUGGAGAUAUCAUGCCUCUACAGUGACGAGAAACCAGAGUGGAUGGACGGUGGGGAUAGGCAAGCCGAGAAAGCUGAGGAAGUGAAAGCAGAGGUGAAGAAGAAGGCAGCCUGGAGGAGGGAAAGGAAAUAUCUGACCGGAAUUGAGCCUGGCAUCGAGGAGUUGAGCGUGGCCGAUGGCGCUUCAGAGUUGAAUUUCACCACGCAAAAUGAUGCCAGCAGAAAGAAAACCACCGUGGGGGCGAACAACGCUGCUUCAUCGACGAACAGCUCGUGGGACUCUCCGCAGAAUUCUUCUUCCGAGGCAACUAGUAACACCACGCCUCCUUCCUCAACUGCCGAACCAGGCGCUUUGUCCUCAGGGGACGGGAUGUACAUUCAAGGGCAGCAAUUUGCUGCCCAUGCCACGACUCAAAGCUUCUUAUCAUCCGCUCCUGUGGGCACAGUACCCUAUCACAGCCUCAACGAACGUGAGCUCACCUUCCUCACGAUGUACCUCGACUACGUCUUCCCUUUCCUUUUCCCCUUCUACCGGCCACCCUUGCUGCAGUCAGGGCGAGGAUGGCUCUUGAUUCUGCUCUUGCGGAAGAGGACUCUGUUGCACUCAGCGUUGUCACUGGCCACCUACUUCUUCGCUGUCGCAACAGACAACCUGCUAUCAGGACACGAGUUAUGCCGCGAGCACAACCGCUCGGAACUGGAGAAGCAGCACGAGCUCACCCUCAAGGAACUGCAACAUGAUGUUGCAGUAGUGAACGAGAGAGGCGUUGCCUCAGACCUCAUCGAGAGUGCACGCAUAAUGGAGAGCAUUGUGCAGCUUGUGGUCUUCGAGGUUGCUGUGACUCGAAGGAUAGCGUGCGCGGAGAGCUGGAUGGUGCAUCUUGACGGCGCUUUCGUUAUGUUUGAGCAAAUUAUGGAGCACCACGCCUCGAGCGGAGAAGGGGAUGGGAAGCAUUAUUGCUGGCAUGCAAUAAUAGGGCAACUAGGCGUAGGGUCGCAGAUGCCCACGUUGGGUUUCUCGCCGUCCGGCGACCCCUACCCUUAUAAUUCCGAUCAGGCGGCGAUGAGGUUCUUCACGGCGCUCUUGCUCUUUGCGGAUGUCAUCUCUGCUACAGCGUUGGAGACGACGCCGAGGCUGUACAGAUUUCAUGGCAUCCUACUUGAAUCCUCCUCAGGAAGCUUCGCCGGAGUCGACAUCACUGGACCGCAGAUCAACCUAGAGAGUAUUGUUGGCAUCAAGAACUCCGUGAUCACCCUUCUCGCACAGGCAGCAGACCUACACGCGUGGAAAAAGGAGAUGACGAAGAACGGGUCGCUGUCCAUGGUGCAGCUCGUUACCCGGGCGUCGCAGAUCGAGACGCCCCUGCGGGGCCUGAUCGCAUGCUUGGAACAGCAGAGACAAAGCGCCAAUGACGGCCACGGCAACCAGGUUCCGCCCAUGACGAACCCGAUCGAUUUCAUCGCGCAGUACAACGUCGGCCUCCCCAUCAUCCCGAGCUCAAGCACCGUCUGGACCAGCCUGAUCUGGGCGUACGCCUCGCUCACGUAUCUGUGCACCGUCGUGUCGGGCUGGCAGCCGUCGUGCCCCGAGAUCCGCGCCAGCGUGGCAGCCACCAUCGAUCUGCUCGCCAGCGCUCCCGUGCCAGCGUCGGUACGGAGCGUCGUCUGGCCGUUCUGCGUGACGGGUUGCCUCGCGCUGCCCGAGGAGGAGGGCAUCUUCCGCGGCUUGGUCGAGGCGCUGGGCCCGCUGUCGAGCUUCGGGACGAUCGCCGGUGCGCUGCGGGUUAUGGAGGCUGUGUGGGCUAGGAGGGGCCAGCUCGGGCCGGACUGGACCAUGGCAGAGGGGCUGAGAGGCGUGGGGACGGGCGUCAUGCUUGUGUGA